UUUCUAAGUAUCCACAAGUCACUUGAAUUAGUACUAACAAAAGACGUAUCGAUCAAAGAAGCACCAACAGGAUUCCACUUGGAGAACAUAUUUAACAAAUUUGUCCCAUUUGAAGAAGCAUUUUUCAUGAAAGAUGCAACAAAAAUUAAUAUUCUUGCAAUAACAACUAAUGUUAAGCCGGCGAUCAACUAUAUUACAAGACACAACAAACCAGACACUAGGAGGGAAAUCACGCUUAUGGAUAUGAGUGGAAUGCCAAUGCGUGCAACUUUAUUUGGAGAUUUAGCUACAAAUGAAGGAUCAAUUCUUGAAACAGAAAUCAAAUAUAAACCUGUAAUAGCUUUAACAGAUUUUAAAAUCUCUAUAUAUCAAGGGGAUACAAGCAUAUCGUCGCAAAUUAUUUCAACAUUCUGCAUCAACCCAAAAAUAGAACUAGCUAGCGAAUUAAGGGAAUGGUAAGCAGAACAAGCAUA